UUUGAGCGGAAGACCGGUAGCUUGUUCUUCGACUCUUCAGACGACCAAAUCUGCGCUAACUCACUUGCCCUAGUUAAUCUACAGCAAGGCAUGACCAUGCAAGUUGUCUGCGGCCCUUCCCGUCUUUUGGAUCUGGGGGGAUUUGAGGAUAUUCCUUCUCCCGUCAGUGGUGAUGUGGUAAAUUAUUCAGUCGACAAAGGGGCAUAUUUGAGGCGAAAUGAACAAAGCCAACCAGCUAAAGGGUCCCAUGAAGAAAGUUUUCAAGUAUCCGCAUCUUCAAUCUCAUUUCCUCGUCGUAUCCUAUUGUUUCAGCGCUCCUCUCUGGAAAAUCAUGACAUUAAAACUAUAUUUCAUUCAUCCAAUGCCUCGAAAACGUCUGGAAGGCCUCUCACCAUUCCAACAAUUUAUGUCGUUACAGCCCACCAGUUAUCUGACUCAAAAGGGACCCUUCGGAUGAGACCUGAAGAAGGAGAUUUCUCUUCCCUCCCAGGAUCCUGUUUGGCUCUACUUCAAGUCAUAUGGAGACCACACAGCAUUCUAACCUAUCAACGAACAACUUCUUCCUAUGCUUCAAUAUCUAAGAUGGCAUGUGCACCAUCUUGUAGUCAGGCAGAGGCGCUUCUGAAAAGAUCCUCGGCAAAUGUCAUCAAACUUGACCAAGCACUUUGCAAACGAGUUAGAAUGAAGCUGCCCAUAAGUACAAAAGCUGACAAUGGGGUUAGGCUUUCGGAAAAAACUGUAGGUUUGUUUGUGAUGCCAACUCCUUCGAGCUCCUUAAAUACUACUUUGCUUCACCGCCUCAUUGAAAAUCAGACAGACAUUCUUGAGUGGCCCCAAGCGGCUAACUUUUUAAGAAUGUACGAGCUAUUGCAAUCUCACAAAUCUCAGAAAAAAUGGCUGCUACCAAGUGGAGUCUGGAGACUUCUCGUAAAGAUUCUUUUUUAA